AUGGUUAAUGCACAAAGUGGCUACCAUCAAUUGAUCCGACUGAGCUGGUUGCUCUCACCAAAUUGGUUCUUUUUAUUAUUUUUCUUUAAACAUUUUGAUGAGUGCAAGCAGGUGAAUUCAAAUGUGUGCAGUCAGGGAUGUAUUAACCAUGACGGUGGAUACAGUUGCUAUUGCCAAGACGGAUACGAUCUAAUAAAGCAAACUUACUGCCAAGCUAUUGGAUCAGAUCCACUCAUUCUUUUUGCAGACCGUUACUCAGUGCUUGAAUAUGACCCACUUUUGAGGAAAAAGCGAACGAUCUCACCAAAUCAGAACUUCGCCGUGGCUUUAGACUACGAUAUCAAAGAAAUGCAGGUCUACUGGUCUGACUCAGCUAACGAUAAGGUCUACCGUACUAACAUAAAUGUAUCGGGUGUGCCCGAAGUUGUAAUCAGUGAAACUGAUACAUACGGAAUAUGUAUAGACUGGAUCUUUCGUAACAUUUACUGGGCAGAUAGGAGUACCACUACCAUUAAAGUUGCAAGCCUUGAAGAUCCAAGCAAACAUACCAUUCUUAUUUCAGAUACUAUGAGUUCACCAGAGGAUCUUACUCUUGACCCAAGAAUUGGGUAUGUCUUAUAA